AAACCGCCAAGUAGUUCGACUCCUUCCUCUACUGUUAGCAGUACGACCACGUCUGAAACGUCGACUCCCUCAGAAACUCCGAAAACUCCUCAAUUUACCAUCACCGUUGAAACAUCUGGUACAACGUUGUCUCCGUCUGUAUCGAGUACUUUUAGUACAUCUAUUUCUGCCAGUUCUACUGAAAUUUCUACCUCAUCCAGUACUUCCAGUUCUUCUAACACAUCUGCAAAUCCUAGCAUGCCUAGUAUCUCUAGCACGUCUGGUAUAUCUAGCACUUCUUCUGGUACAUCUAACAUUUCUAGCAUGCCUACUACUAUUGGUUCUUCUACAGAAUCUCCUGAAACACCUGCACCAGGUACAUGCACUUCAGAAGGAUUCUUCCCUGAUCCUCGAGACUGUCGGAAAUUUUACCGUUGCGUGGGCAGUGAUGGGCGAUUCAUUAAAUACGAGUUCGAAUGUGGUAGUGGAACAGCUUGGGAUCCCACUAUUGAAAGUUGUAAUCAUGAUUAUCUCGUUCCUAGUUGUAACAAAACAGCUAGUUCUACAGGAACUACAGAUUCCAGUUCAUCGAGCACUGCAAGUGUAUCGGAAACUCAGACGAGUACACUGUCACCAAUCCCACCGUCAAGCACUUCAUCACCUUCAUCAACUUCUCCGCCAAGUACGAGCUCACCUGUCAGCGUAACUACUAUUACUUCAUCAAGCGUUUCAAGUACAUCAACUAGUCGUCCUGCUGAAUCGACAACGCCAGGAAUCACGGAAUCAGUUUCCACAUUGCCACCCGAAAGCAGUAUUCCAACUAGCACUCCAACUAGUCGACCCUCUGAAUCCACAGCACCAAUUAUUACGGACUCGGUUACCACGUUGCUUCCAGGAAGCAGUGUUACAGCUAGCACUUCAACGACAACUACUAGUAGUACAUCUCCCGGCUCUUCAUCGGAAUGCACGGAAGAAGGAUUCUUCCCUGAUCCUCGAGACUGUCGGAAAUUUUACCGUUGCGUGGGCAGUGAUGGGCGAUUCAUUAAAUACGAGUUCGAAUGCGGUGCUGGAACUGCUUGGGACCCAACUAUUCAAAGUUGUAAUCACGAUUAUCUCGUUCCUAAUUGCAAUCGAUCAACUCCAUCCGGCCCACCGGAAACUACGCAAACGAGUCAGUCAAGUACUCAGACAGAGCCUGUACCGUCAGGUACAGCUCCUACAUCAACCAGCCCUCCGGCAACACCUUCAUCAACUACUCGUCCAGGAACAACGUCACCAACCAGUCCCACAAUAUCAUCAAUUAGUACAGAAACAACCACUGGAGGCAUUACACCUCCGCCGACAUCGGAAUGCCCAGGUGAUGGUUUCUUCCCGAAUCCGGACGAUUGUACGAAAUUCUAUCGCUGCGUAGCUACUGAUAAAGGAUACACGAGAUACGAUUUCGUUUGUCCACCUGGAACAGCGUGGGACCAAAACAUCCAGACUUGUAAUUACAAAGAUCAGGUAGCUUCGUGCGCAGGACAAGGAACCACAGGCACCACUUCAGAAACGCCAACGAAGACACCAUCCAAUUCUGAAAGUACUACUUCGACUACACCUGCUGGAACCAGUGUUUCAUCUGUGGUCUCUUCCACUGGACCUCCAACUUCGACAACUGUCGCCACCGUAUCUACUGCGUCCACCGCUUCAUCUUCGUUAAAGCCUUCCACAACAUCUAGUACGCAGUCCUCAAACCCUUCGCCUACUCCUGAAACCAGUUCUUCAGUCUCGACUUCUACCGAAUCGAACGUUACACAACCUUCGACAGAAUCGACAGUUCCAUGCACUACAAAGAAGCCUAAUAAUACGAUAGUCUGCGAAAAAGAAGGAUUCUAUCCAGACCCGGUAGAAUGUAAUAAAUUCUAUCGCUGCGUGGACAAUGGGAACGGUUUCAACGUGUACAAUUUCACCUGCGGCCCGGGCACCAUAUUCGACCCCAGCAUCAACGUCUGCAAUCAUCCUGAAUCAGUGUAUCCGCCUAGAGAUUGCAUGAUGCCUACAACGUCUGCAGGGUCUAGUACAGAACCGUCGACUACUCCCAGUGGAGGUACCGAAUCUACGACUGAAUCGAAAGGAACCGAAUCCACGACAACUACUACGAGCGAAGGAUCCACUUCUCCAGCCACUACCUCGUCCACAUCAGAAGGAACUACGACCUCAGAAAUACCGCCGACGUCUACGGAAUCCACAUCCGAAGCGACCACCGAAUCUACCUCUGAGCCGACAACCGAAUCCACGACCGAAGCAACUACGGAAUCCACUUCUGAACCAACUACGGAAUCUACGUCCCAAGCCACUGAAUCGACGACAACAGAAUCUACCUCGGAAUCGACGACUUCAGCAACUACCGAGAGCACGUCCGAAGCUACUACUGAAUCCACCUCCGAGGCAACUACCGAAUCGACAACAGAAGCGACGACGGAGUCGACCUCCGAGGCAACAACCGAAUCCAGCACUCCAGUAACGACGGAGUCGAGCACCGAAGGAUCUACCGAAAGUACCUCGGAACAGAGUACAGAAAGUACUGAGGAAUCGACUGAAUCCAGUACGGAGUCUUCCAGCACGUCACCAGAUUUCCCGAUUUGUCCGAUCGCGAACUUAACAGACGAACAAAUACCUCUUGUUUGCCCAACGGGAUUCCGAAGGCAUCCGAAGUACUGCGGUCUAUUCUACCAGUGUACCACGUCGGGCGUUAUGGACGUCAGAGUGCUUAUGUUGCAAUGCCCAACCGGUACCGUCUAUGACGAGGAGAAGAUCCAAUGUGUGCCUGAAAGCGAGAGCAGCCAGCCGUGUCGAGGGCUCAGGUCUACCGGACGAUUCCUUAGUAGAAGAUUAGCGGAUAACUCCAUAUCUCCCAUAAUGGUAUCCACUAAGCAAAUUUGUCCGGAAGAGGGACACUUCCCCUACACACCAGGUUGCAGCGGCGCGUUUUAUAACUGUGUACGGGAUGCCAGAGACAGUCUACAAGGCUACUUAUACAAGUGCCCAGAGAACUUCCUGUAUUGGUCGGUCUCCCGAAGAUGUGAACGCUCUUCGCGGAUACCGAUGUGCGCAAUCCUGGCUGAGCAACAAAAUAAGGAAUGGGACAAGCGAUGGAAUAUUCCAGUAGAAGCAGCUAACGUGUCCGCCAGAAGUAUUCUAAUCUAAAAUUGUAUGAAAAAUCGCUGAGAAACGUUCUCUUCAUUUCGGUGGAAAAAAUCCAGUGACGCGAACGAUGGACAGUGAAAGUUCUCAGGACAAGCUCGUUUCUCGCGUGUAGUUACGGCUAUUUCAAGAGGAUAACAUUUGAAUUUAGAGUAUUUCGCGAACCCAUUUACAACAUGGCUGCGGAAGAUCGCACAUGGAUGUUCAGAUCUUCAGCAGUCAUCUUGUAAUUAAUUAGUGUGUAUCAAUGUAGGCUUAAGUGUUAAUUGGUGAAUAUGAUUGGCAUUUUUCCUGCGAUUUUCCGCAGCGAAAUCGUAAAAUCGUUGGAAGACUACAUAUCGUGAAUGUCGGGGGUUUUGGUUGAGGGACUCGUAUGCAAUAUUCGACUGUAUUCAGUGAUUUCUGUUAUAUAUUUAUGUCUCGUGACCGUCUGCUUCUAUUUUUAUAAAACUCGCAUAAAUGGCAAAUAACUGCUCAAGAGAACAGAAGGAGGAAGUUGUAACAAAAAACAAAAAUGUAGGAAGUUCGUAGGAGCUACAUUGAAUGCUAUUGGUGCUUAAAGUUUUUAUGAAACAAUAAUUAUUUUCGGCACAGUAUUCUGAAUACAGUACAAAAAAAUUGGGAAGAUAAUCUUGUAUAUAUUAAUUACGUCUUUGAUAUGAUUCUAAUCAAUGCUUCCUUUAUAAUUAAACGCUUCUUUGCUGCCUUGUAUUUCUUUUCUGAUCGUCCAUGAUCAUGAAGAGAUGUUGGCAUCAUUUUCCCUAAAGGGAACGCCGUGUUUAAUACAUUUAUCAUGAUUUAUAAUGAAUACCCGAAAUACGUUUAGUGUAGAUACUGAGUCUGUAUAAAUAUCGAGCGCAUUUGCAAUAUUUCAGUUGCAAAUUGAUAUU